UCUGACUUUGAAACACUGAAAAUUGUUUUUAUUUAUAAUUACAAGACUUCAUUCAGUAUUUUUUUUUAUUCCACAAUGUUUCUCAAAGAAUUCUCAACAAUAGACAGACAUUUAACAGCUAUAAAUCAUUUUCGCUGAAUAUUUCGGUCCCAAUAUAAUAAUAAUGAAUCAGAACACCCUUUCAAAGCUAGCGAUUUGUCGGACCUGUUUGGAUACGGAGGCAAUUAAACCUAUAUUUACUGAAGAAAUGGACGCUGCAAGCUACUCUGGACUAGUUUACACUGUCACGGGUAUAAAGGUUGAAAUGGACGAUGGACUACCACAGAGUAUAUGUCAAAAAUGUGUAAACAACAUCAAUAACUUUUUACACUUCAGAAAACAAUGCAAGGAAGCAGAAACAAAACUUAUAAUAAUGAAAAACAAAAUUGAAAACAGUGAUGAUAUAGAAAUUAAUUUGAAAAAUGAUAAUAUGGACACUGGAAUAGAAAAUCUUUCAAGUAGCAAAUUAGAGCAGAGUGAAUUUACACUAAUUGUAGAAAAAACUCAAAUAAAGAAGGAAGUUAACAUAACAGUGGAAAAUAAUAUUAACGAUAAACAUGAAAAUUUUGGCAACAAGAAAAAAUGCUAUAAUAAAGUUGACCAAAUGAAAGAUUUAAGUAAUGUAGAUGUACAUGUCCAAAAAGAUUGUAAUAUUGAAAUUAAUAGAGUUGGAUGUAAAUUGUGCAAGAAAACGAUUGCGAAAAGAAAGUAUCAUACGCAUAUGACUACGAAACAUAAGUCUAACAAAGACAGAACUGUUAUGUGUAAUAUAUGUAAUAUAUAUUUAAAUAGGAAACAAAUUAACAGUCAUAAAUUAUCACAUAAAAAAAAUAAACACAUAGACAAUGAUAUUCCAUUAAAUAACUCCACAAUUAUAAACUUUAAUAAUGAUAAUUUAAUUAAUGACUCAUUUCAUUUAGAAAUUGAUAAAAGACAAGCUGAAAACGCCAAUGAAAGCAUGUUAAAUACAUCAACAAACAAGAAUACUUCAAAUAACAAUUCGGAAAACGAAAAUUUUUGUAACGGUCCAAAUGAUAUUUCAGUAAAUAAUUCCAUAGCCACAGAUAACGAAAAUUAUUACAACGACGAAAAAUAUAAUGUCAAUUUAAAAGAUAAAUUGAUAGAUUCAGAAGUGGACAUCAAUAUUGCAGCCACAGAAAAUGAACACGUUUGGAAUGACAAGCAAAUUAACAAUAAACUAACAAAUAAAUCAUUCACAGCGGAAGUUAAAAAUUGUUUUACCAACAUCCAAAAAUUUGAAAAUUGUUUUAACGACAAACGGAAAGUUGAAAAUUGUUUUAAAGACAAACAGAAAGUUGAAAUUUGUUUUAAAGACAAACAGAAAGUUGAAAAUUGUUUUAACGACAAACAGAAAGUUGAAAAUUUGAUUAACGGUGAACAAAUAAAAACGGAAAUGGAAAAUAUUUUAUAUAAUUACAAUGACACAAAUUCAAAAAGAGUGACAUGUAAACUAUGCCAAAAGGAUUUGUCUAUACGGAGUGUGGAUUCCCAUAUGACAAGAUCACAUCCGGGGGUGGACAAGAGAAAGGUCAAGUGCGAUUUGUGUGACAAUUAUGUGAUGAAGAGUAAAUUGGCUAGGCAUAAGACUUUAAUGCAUGUCUUACAAGGUUUUAUAUGUAGGUAUUGUAAAAGCGAGUUUGUAACCAAAGAGACCUUGGUGGAACAUGUUGGCAGUUGUACUGCUAAGAAGAAAAAGAGAAAUUGUGAUGCUAGUCGCGAGCUUGGCGAGUGUGAAGUGUGUCAUAAAACGAUGCAAAAGGGGAGCCUUAAGCUGCACCAUGCUGUGAAGCACGCCGGCCUUAGACCAGUCUGUGAGCACUGCGGCAAAAGUUUUGGUAACAAGUUUCGUCUGCAGGACCACUACAGAGCCAAGCAUGGAUACGAGAAAUACAAGUGUUCCUAUUGCGAGUUCCAGAGCGCUUGCCACAUGUCGAUGAGGAACCACGAGCGCCGGCACCGCGGGGAGAAACCGUUUGUCUGUGAGUCUUGCGGAUCCAAGUUCCACGCCUCGUACCUACUGUCCCAGCAUAGACAAUCGCACGCCACUGACAAGGCAUUCCAGUGCGACCUCUGCCCCGCAUCGUUCAAAGUGAACAACACGUUGCAUAUGCACAAGCGCGCAUGCCACAGCACGUGCAAGUAUGCAUGCACGAUGUGCACGCGCACGUACAGCACGCGGCACUACGUGGUCAAGCAUAUGCGGGCCAUGCAUCGAUAUACCGGUCCGGUACCGCCAUUGACGCCUAUCGAAUGUUGAAAUUGUUUUAACUUUUGAUUCAUCUACUUUUCAAUAUAACAAAGUUUUUAUGUUA